GUAUUAUUUGUAAGUUGCAUGAGUCGACACUGGGCCGGGUAGUGAGUCGUGUGCGACAACAGCCAACUCCCACUAUGCUAGAUAACGAUGUGGAUAUGGAAACGGAGAAGAAAGAAGGAAAAGUUGAAGAGGAUGUGAUGGAGACGACCGAACAAGACGAACCGAACAAGUCCUCCGGGACUUUGGUCUGGACCUUGGACUUGUCUGAGUUUAACGACACCACAUUCAGCCCUCCCUCCUAUGUCCGUAACCUCCCUUGGCGGGUAAUGUGUAUACCCCGAUCAUCAAAUGCAGCUGGAUCAGAAAGAAAACCCACCCUGGGCUUCUUCCUCCAGUGCAACCCAAUAGACGUACAGGGAAACAACAACGGCUGGUCGUGCUAUGCUCGGGCUACUCUCAGUAUUCUGUCCCGAGAAAAACCAGAAAAUGACUUCAACAGACGUAUUAAUCACUUCUUCUACGCAAAAGAGAAUGACUGGGGAUACAGUAACUUUAUGAUGAUGGAGGAAAUUAAAGACCCGGCCAAAGGUUUUAUCAAGGACAACAAGGUGAACCUGAAGAUAGAAGUAGCUGCAGAUGCUCCCCACGGUGUUCAUUGGGACAGCAAGAAGUACACUGGUUACGUGGGGUUAAAGAACCAAGGUGCUACAUGCUACAUGAACUCUGUCUUACAAACACUUUACUUUACCAGCCAGCUUAGAAAGGCAGUAUACAAGAUGCCUACUGACGGGGAUGAUGUAAAUAAAAGUGUAGCUCUGGCAUUGCAACGUGUAUUUUAUGAGUUGCAAACGAGUGACUGUGCUGUAGCUACCAAGAAACUCACAAAAUCUUUCGGAUGGGAGGCUCUGGACUCUUUUAUGCAGCACGAUGUACAGGAAUUCUGUAGAGUGCUUCUGGACCACAUGGAAAACAAGAUGAAAGGUACUUGUGUCGAGGGUACGAUCCCCAAGUUAUUGGAAGGAAAAGUCUGCAGCUACAUUUCCUGUAUGAACGUUGAUUACGAGAGUAAACGAUCUGAAUCAUUCUUUGAUAUUCAGUUAAAUAUCAAAGGAAAGAGAACAGUUAUCGAAUCAUUCGAAGACUAUAUAACCCCCGAAAUACUGGAGGGAGAUAAUAAAUACGAUGCCGGAACGUACGGACUACAAGACGCCAAAAAGGGAACCAAAUUCCAAAAGUUUCCCCCAGUGUUGUAUCUCCAAUUAAUGAGAUUCCAGUACGACCCCUUAAUGGAUAUGAACGUCAAGAUAAACGACAGAUACGAGUUUCCCGAGACGUUGGAUCUGAAUGAGUUUAUUGAGAAUCCUACAGAUAACGAGAAGUUUUCUUUGUUCGCAGUUUUGGUGCACUCUGGUGACAAUCACGGAGGUCAUUACGUUGCUUACAUUAGUCCUAAACUUGAUGGCAAGUGGUUUAAAUUUGAUGACGACGUUGUUUCCAAAUCAAACCGAACCGAAGCUAUCGAGAAUAACUUUGGUGGGAGUGAAGAUGAGAGUCUAAAUGUGCGACACUGUACCAACGCGUACAUGUUGGUGUACAUAAAGGAGUCUCAGAAGGACGAUGUGUUGACGAAUAUCAUUGACGAUGACAUUCCUAUCAAUCUUACAUCCUUUUUCGAGGAGGAGAAAAGGGAAGAGGCCCUGAGAAGGAAGGAGAAACAAGAAGCUCAUUUGUAUAUGUCUGUUGAGGCAGUAACAGAUGACCCCUUUCACGGAUACCAAGGCAACGAUCUACUAAACUGGACCACUGCUCGACCCAGUGUAUACCGGGUUAAAAAAGAGAGUUCAGUUCGGGAUAUGGAGGAAAUGAUCGCUGACAACAUGGGUUAUCAAGUGGAUGGUAUUAGGUUGUGGGUCUUCCAAUCUCGGGCCAACUCUACAAUUCGUCCUGCUCCAAUAGAAAACGAACGGGAGAAAACUAUCUGGGAAGUAGCAGAAAAGGAAACUCCUCUCAAAGUGUUCAUAGAGACGAUUGAUCAGAGUAACCCAUCUAAAGGGCUUAUGCCCUAUAAGAGAGACGAACAAAACAUCAUCUUCUUGAAGUAUUUCGACGUCAUGACAGACACCAUGUAUUAUCUUACCCACGUGUUCUUGUCCCCUGACAGUUGUAUCGGUGACGUGUUCCAGCACGCUAGAGAUAAGAUAGGUCUACCAGCCAAUGUACCUCUGGCACUAUACGAAGAGGUACACGCAGGGAGAACAGAUGAGCUGACUCCUACCAAACUUCUGGGCGAGAUGGAGGAAGUGUUUGACGGUGAUAUCUGGGUGAUACAGAGAACAGACCUGACUGGCAAGUUCCACAACACCGUGGACGACUACUUUAGGGACCUCAACAACAGGAUCUCAGUUCAGUUCUGUGACAAAAACAACCCUGCUGACCCCGGCUUCCACGUCGUGCUGAACCAGAAGAUGACGUAUAAUGAGGUGGCCGAGGUGGUUGCUAAUUGUAUUGACAGUGAACCUAACCUCAUUCAGUUCUUCAAACCCCAGAGUCAUCGUGAUAUAGCUGGUUACGCCAUCAAAAGUCACUUCGAGGGAACGCUGAAAGACCUGUUUAUGUCGUAUGGUCAGAGAACUAAAUCUCCUAAGAAACUCUUUUAUCUAAGGCUAAACAUCGCGAUAUCGGAGCUAGAGAGCAAGGAUCACUUUAGAUGUACGUGGCUAAACAAACAUCGCGAGGAAACCGUUCUCUCUCUUUACGUCGCUAAAAAUGUCACUAUCUCCGAACUCUUGGAAGAAGCGAAAAAACAGAUCGAGUUGUCACCAGAUGGUAGUGCUAAACUGAGACUACUGGAGGUUUACAGCUACAGAAUACACAGGGUCUUCUCUAACGGAGUUAGUUAUCACAACAUACAACCUUCCAUGGCCCAACAAACCACUUGCUAUAGAGUCGAGGAAAUACCGGUCGAAGAGACCAGGUUAGGACCCAAAGAUUUCUUGAUUCCAGUGGCUCAUUUCCACCAAACAAUAUUCCAGUGCUUCAACCACCCUUUCCUCUUCAAAGUGACAGAAGGUGAGGCCUUACAAUCAGUCAGAACACGAAUGUUGGAAAGGUUCAAAGAUAUUUCAGAGAAAGAGUUCGAAAAGUACAAGUUUUCUCUUAUUACUCACGGACGAAUGACACCUCUUAACGAUGACUUUACGUUCAAUUCAACGGACUUCAUCACAAAUGUGGACAAGGAUACUAAACCAAUAACAGAGGCACAUCUUGACGUGUUUCUCCACUCGCGGCCCUGGCUUGGACUGGAACACGCCCUCAAACCGCCCAAACGAUCCCGGUACACUUACGUCGAGAAACCAGUCAAGAUACACAAUCAAUAGUCUAGAAAUUAAGGGGUUUAGGACCAGUAAUUUUGUGUAUAAGGAGUUACGUAAAGACGCUGGAGUAUCAGAUCCUAGCUAAGAUGCUGGACAUGGAGGCACUAUUCUAGUAUAUAUUUCACACGUUUUGUACAUGAUAGAGGAUAUCAUGCCGCCGCCGCGUGUACCAUAUAUACCUCGUGGCGCGCGGCCUGCAACUCUGACUGCCGCGCCACUUGUGUAAAUGUGCACGUGCGGUGGUGCAUUGUGCACGUGUUAACGAUAAAUACACCAUUCAGUGCAGGACAGGACAGUAUAUGAAUGAUUAGUCUUCUCCUUAAUGCGGGAGUAUUUGAUUUUUUGUUUCUUGCUCUGUAUUACUAUUUUUGCAGAUGCAGGGGGUGAUGAUAAAUUUUGUCGUAAAAUGUGAUUUAAAGUAUCUUUGUAGUGAACUUGAAGUUCGGCUUGUCCUUUAUGCUAAAUGCUGCUAAUUACCUUUAUUAGCUUUAUGUUGAAUGGUUUCAACGCCUGAAUAUUCUUGGGGAUAUUGUAGGGCUGGAAUUAUGUUAGAAUAUCAUGUGCAUUUUAAGUGUCAUACUUAUAUCAUUCUUGUUGCUUGAGGACACUGCCUUUUGAUAUAGUUUUUGAAUCCUACCUGUGGGACUAUAUACCAUGUUACUUAUACUCCGUCACUAUUAUAUUAGUAACUAAAUAAGCGUGGGAUUUCGCAAAACUGUUCCCUUAUAAAUCUAUUGAAUUUUCUACGGUUAAUAUUGAUGAUACUGCUUUAUGAUAAGUAGUUUAUUCCACCAAAAUGCGGGGAGCUUCCGAAAAUACUGUGUAUUUCCGAGAAUGCAGUCGAUAAGAUUUUCCAGAUACAAUAGCUCACGUGUUACUCCGCUUCACAGUUGCGUGGGGAAUUUUUCUUCUAAGGCCAGAAAUGAAUAAAUUUGUCUCAUCUGAGCAGAAGAUUUCAAAUGAAUAAUUUGUAAAAAUUUGAUUGGUUUUCAUUUUAUCUGAUCAAUUCGGGCUUUACGAUAAUAAUUCACAUAAAUUUGUGCUGAUCGUAUAAAUCAGGUUGUUGUAGCUUUUUCUUUAAGUUCUAUGUUCGAACUUUAAUCGUCCAUUCUCGGUAAUUUUCGCUAUCUUCAAUUGAAUUUGGUCCAUUGAGUGAAAAUAGCUGAGUAACACGUAUCACUAUCAUUUGAGUUUCAAGUUUGCAAUCAUUCUUUUACACGCGAUAAAUGGUAAAGCCGAGCUCAAAUAUAUGUUACACGUGUAUACUGCAUUUAGCGUUUCUUUAUUAAAUUAGUAAUUUUGACCCGUACCUACAUAUAUUUAUAAAUAAUAA